AUGUUCAAGUUGCAAUACAUCCUACUACUCGUGAUCCUAGCAUUCACCAACGCAAGCGGCCAGCCAGACGUCAACUCGGGCGCCAUCAAGAAAUACUUUGACCUGCUCUCUGCGUCAGCUUCAAUGGCCCCAAAACCAACCAAACGCCAGGGGUCAUGUGCAUCGCAACGAAGCUGUGCGCCAAGAUUGACCUAUAGCGCCUCGGAACCAUUCAGCCUCGCGGCAUUUGAUCCAAGCUACGACGCAGACAACGUCGAAGAUAAUCUCAUGUCGUCACCGCUCCAGAAAUUGAAUCACGACUUAUCGCGAGUAUUUAUCAAUCAUACUCAAACAAAAUGCAAGGACACCCAGAGUCCAGAUCCAGCUAGCUUUAUAUCGGGACGCGUCUUGGCUAACGGAAGUCUCAAGGUGGACAAUCUCUGCCAUGAAAACUUGCAUUUUUUGCGUGUGGAUUCCAUGACUCAUCGACUCAAAUUGUGCCCGCUGGGCGAUGCCUCUCUGGAUUUCAAGAUUGUGGAAAAUUUGCUUUACUACAAGAACUGGGCAACGUGGAGCUUGUGCCAACACCAAGCAGAUGGUGUAAGUUAUAUCUACCAUGGCGGCAUCAUGGACAAUUUGAGGUUUUGUUGUCCCUGGGACGAAGAAAUUGAAGUGCGCUGUUUGGGCAAGAUGCGCAUUGGGUGCUGUGAUGAGGGCGAUGUCAAGGAUUAUGUGCCUGUAAAAAAAGAUGAUUGCUCAAGGGGUGUAGAAAAAGGGUGUAGUUAUGAUAAAAAGAAAGGCGAGGGCGGCGCUUAUGAAGGUGGUGGGUCAACGUGUGGAGAUGGCAGUGGUGGUGGUGGUGGUGAUGAUGAUGAUGAUGAUGAUGAUGAAGAUGGAAAUGUGGACAAGUUUCUGAAUGAUUGGGACUGA